CCGCCCUUACUCAACCUUACUGUAUCACUCUGUCUUCAUCGUUCACUGAGGGAGUUGUCUCGAUAACGGACCAACAGCUUCAGCAUCCGAAAACAGAAACAAUAAGGUUCUUUUGUGUGUGCAUAUGCAGAUGUGUACUGUGGUCAGGAUGAUGUGCUGUACUGCAUUUGCCACUUUUUUCCUGUUGGGUGUUGUUUCUGGCCAGACUCCUCUUCAGAUUUCAUCCUGCUUGACUAAGGACCAAAACCUGAAGAUGUCCUGCAAGUUUAUUCGAGAUACAGACCCCAAUAAGCUCCCUAAGACAUGCUACUACAUGACUGAUGACAAGAUGAUUGGCAAUAGCAACAGCAGCAGCAGCACACCUGACCCCACCUUCAAGAACCGUGCCACUGUCUCCAUUUCCGAUACCACAUGUGAUCUGUAUUUGACGGGUUUCGCAGCUGACAAAACCACAAACUUCUCUUGUUUCAUCACACAGAAUUCCGCAACAGUGACAAUCAAUGCAACUGUGGAGAAGAGUAAGCUUCAGACCUGUUCUGCCUGGUGUGUUGUGCAGCACAGUGGAGCAGCACUCCUGCUAGCUUUCCUCACUUUCCCACUCUUGUCAGAACUUCUUUGAGUAUAAAAUGGAUCUCUCUACUAUGACUCCAAAUAUAAAUCUAGCUUGUACUACACUAUGCAACAAAUAGGCUACCUUGUUAAUGUUUAUCAGAAAUCAGGGUGUAUAGAAAUUGAGUGCUUUUGUUUUUUUAAUCAUGGCAUGUAUGCAUUGGUUUGGUUGAUGCUGAUGUCAAAAACACUGUUCUGUGAUGAAUGUCCCUUAAAUACCAUGUAAAAUCGUGUACUUUGAAUCUUUAUAAAGUUGUCAAGUGAACCCACUGUUUGGCAGGAGUAUAAUAAAUUCUAAAAUAAAAUGUGUACUCUGACUGGAAACUUA